CUCCAUGAUGCAUGUUCUCUCUCCCUUCCGCUUCUGCUAUGGACCAGAGGCCCUCACACAUAGCACGCUGGUAGCCUGGUAAAGAUGGAGUCAUUUUUCUUUGCCUCACUCUCUCCUUGCCUGGCUCCCUUCUUCUUCUCCCUCGUAUGAGCUGAGCAAGGUUGGGAGCAGGACGAGUUAUGUAGAGCAAAUAUCAUAGCGAGAGAGAAAAAAAUCUCUUCCCUAGCCCAUAGGUUCCCCAGAGAACCAGCAGAAGAAACAACAUUUAUCAGUUGUUUCGCUUGCUGCUCGAUCUAGUUUUUUUUGCUAUUUUUCUUCUCAUUCUGUAGACACUUUCUUCCUUCAGUGUUCUUCUACAGCCAAAAUAUUUCCUCCCUUUUUUCCUGGUCAUUCGGUCCAAUCUUCCAAGCAGAAGCUAGAGAACGGAGAACUACCAUAGCAAGAUCUUGGUUCUGUUUCAUUUGCAUCAGUUCAGCUGUGUAGAAUCGAUCCGAACUUGAGCCAGCAAGAUUCCCAUCUUUAGGAGCCCUCCAGCUGCUUUCUUCAGGAAGUUGAAGUUUCAGCAGCAGAAGGAAAAGCCCAGUCUCCAGCGAUGGCGGCGGCGCUGGAGUGCUGGUCGGGGCGGCCGAGCACCGACGAGGAGAUGGUGGAGCAGGUUCUCAUGAAGCCCCACGGCCGCUCAGACGACUCCCUCCCAACCUGCGCGGACUCUGCCUACACCGGCGAGCCAACGUCGGCGCCGGCGCCCCCCAAGAAGUGGCAGAAGCUGGGCCGCAACUUCGCCGGCGCCAUCGCCGCGUUCAAGAACACGCUAAGCCUGGAUGGCGGCGGCCUCCCCCGCGACCCUUCACCGCGCGCCGAGAAGCCGCCACCGCUCCUCCUCCGUGGACUCGCGCAGCUCUACUCCCGCGGCAACAGCAACCAGCAGCUGCCGGAGAAGCUCGUUGCCGACCUCCGCCGCCACUUCGACGCUCUCCCCAAUAGCUAUGCACAGGCAGGAUUUGACAUGAAAGAUGUCCUCUUGCAUGCCCGCCUUGUAGAGCAAGCGACUGGUGAGGAUCAGCCUGCAGUGAACAUUGAGGAAAUUCAUGGCAGAGGAGGUGGUGAUGAAGGCACUACUUUUCAGCUAACAUUUGCUUGCGUUGCCCCACUUUCAUGGCAGUCAAUGUCAGGAUCACUAGAUAGCCCUUUGUUCUGUUGCAAGAAGAUCCAGAUCUUUGAGAAGAGAGGGUUGACACUUGGUGUUGUCAUGAUACUUGUGCAGUCUGGGAAUGAAGCGGUCUUCAAGAAUCGGGUUGAGUCUGCACUGAAAUCGGUUGUAAAAAAGCAAAGGAUGAACAGCGGUGGUGUGAAGUUACCAUUUGGACUUUGUGGCUGCCAAGAAGAAGGAUCAAGAAACUUUGAUGAGGAGUCAAUGUUUGAUCCAGAUGAUGGUCAGGUACUUGACAAUGAGCCGAUUCGCAGACCACAGCUUCCCACUCCCCUACCACAGGCAUCAGUCUUUGUCUCUGUGGAUGAAUGGCAAACAAUUCGAUCUGGUGGUGAGGAGCUUGACCGCUGGAUGCUGCGUUCCGAGGAGAUUGAGUUCAUUGAUUGGGUUGGUGCAAAUUCAUUCAAGGGGGCCUUCAGAGGAAAGAAGGUUUGGGUCAACAAAUUGAGGGGUUGUGACAUGGGAAGUGCUUACGAUGUUGAGAUCCGUCAGGACUUGCUGCAGUUGAUGAGCUGUGGCCAGAGGAACAUCCUCCAAUUCCAUGGCAUUUGCUUCAACGAAAACCAUGGGCUCUGCAUAGUGACGAGAAUGAUGGAAGGGGGAUCUGUUCAUGAUAUUAUUAUGCAGAGAAACAAAAGACUGUCCCUCCGAGAUACAGUUAGGAUUGCCCUUGAUGUUGCUGACGGGCUGGCCUUCAUGAACAGCUAUGGCAUUGCGUACCGUGAUCUCAAUUCUCGGAAAAUCCUGUUAGACAGGCAAGGGAACGCUUGCCUCGGGGACAUGGGCAUUGUUACCCCUUGUAAUAAUGUUGGUGAGGUCACUGAGUAUGAGACAUCUGGAUAUCGAUGGCUGGCUCCAGAGAUCAUUGCUGGAGAUCCUGAAACUGUCUCCGAGACCUGGAUGAGCAACGUCUACAGCUAUGGAAUGGUACUGUGGGAGAUGAUCACCGGGGAGGAGGCAUACUCCACCUACUCGCCGGUGCAAGCAGCGGUCGGAAUCGCUGCCUGCGGGCUGAGGCCAGAGAUCCCAAGAGACUGUCCUCCUUUCCUGAGGUCACUGAUGAACAGGUGCUGGGAGAAUUCCCCUCUGAAGCGCCCUCAGUUCUCCGAGAUCACAUCCAUCCUACAGAGGCAGAAUGUUAGAUAGCUUUCUUUUCUCUUCCUUUUCCUUCUACUCUAUGCUAUAUAAUAUAUAUAUAUAUCAGUUUGGCUUGGCUGUUUGCCCAAUCAUGCAGGAAACUGCAUCUGAGAAAAUAUCAUAUGAUAUAUAUGUGCAAAGGCUUGUUAUAUUAUUGCUCUCA